AGUGCUGCUGCUGCUACGUCGCGAGCCAGCCGCUUAGUUGGUUGAGCGCAGUUACUCCGUGCCCUGCUCACUUAGCCGUCACUGUUCGCUGCGCGGCUGACAACGCGAGUCAGCGAGUCCUACGACCUCGCACUCGUUAUGCCGCUUCUCUGACCAGCCAACCUAACGCACGACCAUUCCCUAUCAUCACUCGAGAGAACAAGAGAUGUGCGACGACCUCGCUGCCUGAUGUGAGUGUGCAUUUAAUCCAACUAAUCCAACGAAUCAACAGCUAUGGAGAACGCAAUAGUGACAAGAAAGGAGCCGGCAAACGGUCAAGCCGUCCUAAUGCCGCAUAUAAUCAAAUUGCCAGCUGUCAAUAUCGAGUUCAACGAUCUCACAUAUACCGUGCCCACGGGCAGAAAGGGUUCAAAGAUGAUUUUAAGGGGUGUCAGUGGUCAAUUCAAGUCCGGCGAAUUAACGGCAAUACUUGGACCAUCGGGAGCUGGAAAGUCAACGCUUCUCAAUGUUCUAGCCGGAUACAAAUGCGAGAACGCCGCAGGUCUGAUCAACGUGAACGGGCAGCCAAGAGACUUAAAGGAUUUUCGCCGAUCUUCGUGCUACAUAAUGCAAGAAGAUCUCGUGCAGCCGAAGCUCACAGUUCUCGAGGCUAUGCGCUUUGCUGCCGAUCUGAAGCUCGGCAGUCACAGCACGCCCGAGACUCGCUUCGCUAUCGUUUGCGAGAUAUUGGAAACACUGAGGCUGAACACAGCGAGAGAUACUGUGACCGAGAGAUUAUCCGGUGGCGAGAGGAAGCGCUUGUCCAUAGCGUUAGAGCUCGUCAACAAUCCGCCAGUUAUAUUCCUGGAUGAACCUACGACUGGUCUCGACGAGAUGUCGUCAGUACAGUGUAUAGAUCUGUUGCAAAGGGUGGCAUUGAACGGACGAACCGUCAUCUGUUCCAUUCACACGCCAAGUGCCAGUAUAUUCGCCAAAUUUCAUCAUGUGUACGUUGUCGCUGCCGGCCAGUGCGCGUACCGCGGACCAGUCAGCGAUGUCGUUCCUUUUCUCGGUCACAUCGGUAUCGAGUGCCCCAAACAUUAUAAUCCAGCUGAUUUUGUUGUUGAAAUAUCGUCUGGAGAAUACGGUCAAGAGCUCGUCGACAGAAUGGUUUCGAAAAUCGAUGCAAGAUCGCCUAUUGUGCCAAUCACGUCGACGGCCAGUCACGGGCAGAAAAUUUCGAAAGAGAUGGUGAAGGUCUCGUCGUGGGACCAAUUCACCACUCUGUUCCGACGAAAAAUGCUUCAAUUUUAUCGCGACCGGAACUAUAUGUACCUAAAAAUCUCGCUACACAUCUUUCUUGGCUUCAUUAUCGGUGGUCUGUUCCUCGACAUCGGCAACGACGGCUCGAAGACUCUGUUCAACUUCGGCUUCUGUUUUACAUGUCUCAUCGUUUUCCUCUACAUCCCAAUGCUGCCCGUGCUGCUGCACUUUCCCCAGGAAGUACAGCUGGUCAAGCGCGAACAUUUUAAUCGCUGGUACGACCUCGGGCCUUACUUCUGCGCCCUAACUAUCUCCAACAUUCCCGCACAGCUUAUUUUAUGCAUUUUCUAUAUAAGUAUGGUCUACACAAUUACUAGUCAACCUAUGGAGUUGUAUCGUUAUGGAAUGUUCGUUAGUACCUGCAUGGUCUGUUCUCUUAUUGCUGAAAGUAUGGGUCUGGCUAUUGCAAGCACAUUGAGUAUUGUGAACGGAAUGUUCGUGGGACCAGCAAUGUCGGUGCCGUUGAUGCUGUUCGCCGUACAAGGCAUUGGUGACGUGACUCCUCUGCCGAUUUAUCGUCAGAUUGUAAUGUACAUCAGUUACAUACGUUAUGGCCUAGAAGGUCUCAUCGUCGCAACUUAUGGCUAUAAUCGGCCAAAAUUGCCUUGUCCAGAAGAUGAAAUGGAUUACUGUCACUACGCUGUGCCACGACAACUUCUCCGAGCUAUGGGCAUGGAAAGUAUUACCUUUUGGGUUGACUUUGUUGCUCUUCUCGUCAUUCUACUUAUCUUCAGGAGUCUCACCUACUACUUACUUAGGCAACGCUUGAAACCAAACAAAACAUUUAGAGCGCUUAAUCUUGUUGGCCGAUUGGUGAAAAAUCACUUUAUGAAUUAAAAAAAUAAAAAUUGUUGUAGUUGAUUUUUACAAUCGGGAAUAACGUGUAAAUUAAAUAGUAGAUGUUAAUUAGUCAUGUAAUUGUAAAUUUGUAAUUUAUGAAUUGAGUGUUACAUUGUAAAUAUUUUUCAGAAUAGAUUAUUAGUGGUUACAUUUUUUAUAAAUAACUUUGGCUUACUGUUAUACGACUUUUUUCAUUUUAUACGGAACAAAGUAAAGUGAAAAAUUAAUUUUA